AUGACAUCGACUACAACCGUUAACACUGGCCAACUAGUGCAAUGGCUACUUGAAUACGGGCAGCGCGUGCGCGAUAUUCAGGAGCGAGCGUGGGUCUACUCGCACUCGUCCUACGUUAAAAAAGGGCUGCCCUUGCUCCAUGAGGCGACGAACGGGCCCAACCAGAUUAUUUCCCAGAACUUUGCAUCCAUUUCGCAACUUCUGGCAGAGCUGCACCGCGUGCUGGGCUCGUUGACGCUACGGUCUUACCCAGACCUCCUUCACCAGUACAUGGACACCUUCUGUGGGGCCGUCAAGGCGGGUCUUCUGCUGGAAGAUGUGCCGCGGAAGGCGGCAGCGCAGAUGGUGCAGCUGGCAUGCCAGUUCAUCGACAAGGAGGUUGCCGGCCAGUUGCGGACGGCCACAUGCGAUCCAAUUUUUACAGAGCCGUCCAUGGUGUUGUACAUGCGCAAGAUAUUCCAAGCUACUAUGCCUCGCAUCGCUCAGAUCUUGGAGCUUGUGGUGGGUCCUGCCCUGAUUGUGGCGGACAACUGCCAAGGUGUCGCUGCAGCCGGACUGCUGGAGAUGACCCAGCAUCCGCAGCAGCACCAGCGCGCAAGCGGUGUAGCGGCCACCAGCUCCGAUGGUACAAUCGAUGGCGCCGCGACCGGCGAGAUGGAGGCAUCUCCCGCCAUGGGCAUGUUUGGUAUGACGCGACAGCAGGUGUACCCCUUCCUCCGUCACCGGGAGACGAUUCGUCAGUGGGGAAUUCUUGGCUUCCUCAUCUUUCCAGGUAUGCUGAACCAGCCCAACUCGGCGCAACGACUGUCCAAUCUGCUGGCGGACGGCUUCGCACUGCAUCUGUACAAGGACCGUUUGAAGCCGGUGCACGAGCUUAUGCUACAGCACUUGGGCUCCUACGCGUAUACGAAUGUUGAGACAAGCUCGGCCAUCUCCACGGGCGCACUUAGCCCGAGGUCUGCGGGAAUGCUUGGCGGCCUGCUUGGGAAGGGCAUGGCCAUGAUUGGCGGAGUGAGCAGGCUGCGCAAGAGCCUUACGGAGGACGACGCAAGCCAUGAGCACAGGCAACCUCACCCUCUCUUCGUCGAGGCAGCCGGCGCAGCAGCAAUUGCCGCUCCCCUGCAGCACCGAAUGUGGCGGGCGUAUGUUACAGGGCAGUUGCGCAAUAUCCAUGCAGCGUGUGCGGCUUCCCCGUCACGCAUUCCUGGGCAGUUGGACAUGCUUCUGGCUGCUUUGUCCCUCGGACGGGAGGAACUGCUCUGGUUCUGCAGGCGCCAGGAAUACGGCAUUCCUUCAGAGUUGCAACCUAUCCUGGCAUCCCGGGGCGUUGUCAGUCACGGCUACUCAUGUGUUCCAACGACCGAAGAUGCGCUGCAGGCUCUGCAACUGCUAUCCGCUAUGGAUGCCAUGCAUCGCCUCCUGGUAGAGCACCAUUCGCCUCUUUGCAAGCAGAUCAAGGACGCCAACGGCGCCGACUUUCAGGCGCACGUAGUUUCAAACACACCUCGAGUCGAGUUCCGGCUGCGACAGGGCGUAGCUCAGGUGUCAAGUGGCACUCCGGCUGCUGCUGCAUCCGCCGCUGGGGCAAGCGGAUUACAACCAUUUAAGGACCUGACGGACUUGCUCCGCAGCGUUCUUCUGUCUUCAGCUCCCCCAGCUGAUGCCCCUGCACGUGUCUCUAGCGCAUGCGGCAUCUGGAUCUACGUCAGCCUGCAGCUGGCCAGUGCGGAUCCGCCUCUCAAAGCCGCCAAGGUCCUGCAGUACGCUGAGAACACGCGAUACCUCGACGUAAUGCAAAAGUCCCUUGAAGCUGCCCGUCUGCUGUACGAGGGUCCGCUCCUGCACGCGUCCGCCGCGGACCUGGCACCAGGCUUGCAGGGCCCUCGUCUAGAGCCCCUUCGCCGAGCUAUCAAGUCGGCGCUCUGUUGUGGCCGGGUGGAACACAUGCAGGCAGCGCUCUGCGCAAUGCAGGGACUGCAUUGGCUGUUGCCAGCCCGAGCGGAGGCGUAUGCUGCCGCCACCAGUGCCAGCGCCGCCAAUAAUGCUAGCGUGCUGCUGGCCCGCACCUCCAUGGGAUCCAGCGCAGCAGCUGCCGGCCGUAGCGGUGCGAACGAGACCACCGCCGCCACUGGAGCGGCCGCCGCGUCACCUGGUCCCCGGCCCCAAAGCAGCCGGCCCCAGGCCAUGCCAGAUGACCUGCCCAACAGCUGCAUGAAGGAUGUGGUGGAGUGCCUGAAGCUGUUGCUGGCACCGGUUGUAACGGCACCCCUGAGGAGUACAGCCAGCGUCACCAAUGUUGCACGUCCCAUGAAUAUCGCACAUGCCCGGAACGGCGGCCCAGGCAUAAUCCGCGGCGCCAUAUCUCGGCCCAAGGAAAGGGAAAGCUCGAACGGUGGCCGGAGUCUGACGCCCGAGCGUGUACGGCAGGAGGCCGGGUCAUCGACGGCCACGGUGGCGGAGGGCCCCCUCAGUAGGAACCUGCAACAGCUUGGGUUGGCCGAGCAAAAGGCUUCCCGUGAGGAGCUGGAAGGCCAACAUGCAUUCCUGCAAGAGUCGGGUGCGGAUCCCGCGGCCCUGCCGCCUGCAGCCGACCUGGCGGCACGGUUAAUGCCUGUGAUGCUGGCACUCGACAACGGAAGGAUGCUCCUGGCCGACAGCCGUGGAGUUGACGCAUUGUCCAUGUGCCGCGCGCACCUGCUUGAUGCCAUCCGGGAGAACUUUUCGCAGCUUAUCUUCAACACGGGGGCCGCCAUAACCCAGGUGGUUGUACCGAUUCCCUCUGUCCACUUGGGCCCCCUGCGACUGUACAUCGAGGUUGUCGCCAUGCUGCAGCCCCACUUGACGACGGAGCUGCUACCGGAACUCGCCAGAUUGCUCUUGCAUCAGACGACUGCUGCAACACUUCAGACGAUUGGCUUGGAAGCCAUUUCUGUCCCGAUGCGGAUCUCCCACAACAAUAUCCCGCCACCAUCAACCUCCGCCGAGGCAGGGGCGCCGACCACAGACGGAGUUAACCCAUCGAUGGCACCUUGUGCGGGCAGCAUGGGCAGCGGCGGCACACACAGUGCUGGUGUCGUCGGGCCCAUGACGCGCUCGCUUAACCAAUCUAACAACCUGGCGCGCACGUCAGGAGGCGAGGGUGAUCGCGGUGUCGGGCCGAUGACGAAGCGCCUGUCUGGCUCUGGGGGUGGUGCACCCCCAGCAAACUCCCCAGGUGUAUCUGGUCCCGUCUCCGUUGUCCGUGCCAUGCAUGAGUGGCUAUGGCGUACGGUCAUCUUCCUUCAUGAUGACCGGCACCCGAUGGUCUGGUACGAUGCUGAGGUUGGCGCCUUCCAGUCGGCUGAGUCAACUGUCUGCAGUACCGGCAAGGUUGGCGCGGCAUCAUCGGCAAGCCUAGCAUCCGCAACAUCCGUCCGGGAGCUGUCUUUAAUCUUUGAGCUCUUCGGUCCUUGUGCUGCAUCAGACCUGACCCGCGGUUGCGACCAGCUCAUCCACUCUUGUCUUGAAGAGAUUCAGGCUUACUUGGAAGUGAACCAGGCACCUCUGCAAGACCUACUUGACGCGGCACACCUGCCCCUUGACAAGCGCUUCGCCGCCGUCAGCCGCGUCCUACCAAGCCUAGCGCCACCGUCAUCGGGGUCCUCUUCCGUGCGUGGGCCUCAAUGCCUAAAGGGCCUUACCGACACAGUCCUGCGGCUUGGGCGCUGUCUGGCGCUGCGCAUGCAGCUGGGCCGCGCUGCAGCCACAGCAGCCGAGCGGACAGCUGACUUUGUAACGCUUGCCCUUCGGGAGAUGGCAUCGCCUGUCAAUGUUUGCUGUGGAGAUGUGAAACCCCCGGUGGCCGAUGGCGAAGCGGACGUUGCUGUGGGGACAAACGUCGUGACACCGCAUGAGCGGCGUGAUUGGGCAGCGCUGGUGCGAUUGUCGUCAGGCAGCAGCUCGGGAGAUGUAGACUGCGGCUACUGCGGUUGCCUACUCCCCGAGCGAGAUGACAUCGUUUUAACUGCACGCCUCGCGAUGCUUUUGCCAAGCCUGCCGGCGGCCCAGCGAUGGCACCGCCUACCUGCGCUCAUGGCGGCACUCAUGGCCGCACCACAAUGGAGCGUCGGCGUGGCUCAUCAUGGUGCGGCACAGCUGGCUUCGCGCGGCAGCAAGGGCUCCACAACGCCGCGCGUUGGGCCCUCGCAGCCAGCGGGUGCCCUGCCACCAUCGUCGGUGGUCUUCGCUCCUCUGGGGGCGAUAAACACCGUGGCUGUGGCGCUGAGCCUUAGCCUGCAGGAGGCCAUGUCGCAGGUGCUCCAUCCCGCGGCUAGCCAGUUCCUGAUGGGAUGUGGGACACCCGUGGCCGCCAUGCUCUGUGCUUACCAACGCACCGCACUUGCCGUUGCUCAGGCGGCGGCCGUCGGCGCCGGUGCUGACUGCACUUCCGCCGCCACCGCUGCCAAACAGCACAUGCUUGCCUCUCUUGAGCAGAUUCCAUUGCUUCGAAACUACAGCUACAUGGUGCCGUACACUCCGGAGGAGGCGGCGGCGGUUGACUCUGCGACGGUGGAGUCCGACGCCGCACAGCCGGCUGACGGUCCUCCGAUUGCUUCCGCGCCCCUGAGCGGCUCCCUCGAGCUGAGCCAGAGCUGGUGGGCGAGCGGAAGUAGCGUGGGCCUUAGUUUGAAUGGACUCUCGCAACCGCUGCACAAGACAGCCAAUGCACUUGUUCACGUUGAGCAAGUAUUACGCCGCACAGUAACCGACGACUUAGGCGCUUGGGCCACAAACACUUAUCCGGCGGGCUUAGAGCGCUUGCCCUGGGACGUGCUAGUCGGCGGAAUGCCGUGUUACGGAACCGUUUCGAACUUCUUCGCUGGAUGCGCGACCGCCGGCAUUCCAGACGCCAUCCUGGACACAUAUUCACACCGCCCUUCAGGAUGGAACGUCCUCUUCGCAGCUGCUACCCAGAUUCCCAUCGGUGCCGCAAAAGCCCUGGGCUGCCGCUGUGAAGCAGCCACGCAGAGGGACACCAGCAGCAGCUGCAGCUGCGCCGGACACAGCAACACCAGUGCCAACACACACAUAAAAAUCGGUAGCGUGCUGUUUCGCGGUAUCUUUGACCGGCUGGCCGGCUGUGAUUUGGCACGCUGCCGGGCGGUCCACCCAACCUGGCGAGCGUGGCUGGAUGAGACGACGUCCUCCUCGCCGCAGCCAACGACAGCGAUGACGGCGACGCGGGACGUGGAACUCCGAGAUGCAGGAUGCAGCAGUGGCAGCGGAGUCGGGGCGCCGGUAACACGGCUGUGGCUGAACGCAGCUGUACGGGAUCUAAUGUUGUGCACCUGGCCGGGCUUCCAGCUGCAGAUGGAGGAAGAAGCCUUGUGGUGCGAUCGAACCCACCCCCUAGUGCUGCAACAGCAGCAAAGGCCAAUCGUACCGAGGGUGGUGCAGGGGGAGCACUCCUGGCCGCUGUGUGGAGCGCUGGAUUGGCCCUGGACCCGGGUCAUGCAGGGUAACACCCGCUGCACCACUGGUCACCAGCCACACCAACAGCAACAGCGCCCGGAGCAGCAAGCCUUGGCUUCAGGAUCCGGCAGUCUGCAGAUUCCCCCACAACGGAUGUUGCGUGUCAUUGUUCGCCGACCGCCGCCGCCACCGACCGACCACCGACUGCCUCCAUUGCCGCUGCAGCUGCACGACUUUGCGCACCAACCUCAGUUUGGCGUUGCGGGGUCGCCCUGUGGUGGUGGUGCGGCAUUUCGCUGGUAUUCCCGGCUGCAGCGGCUCCUGAACACCACCCUAGAGAUAGAGGCCGCGGAAGCGGGCCAGCCAGGUCACCGAACCUACUGCCAUUACUUGGAGGCGGUGCUGCGGGAGAGGCAGAUAGCUGCGCUCCAUGCGCUGCAGCAUGUGCCGCAUGCGCUGCGCUUGGCAAGCAGUUACGUACAGGUUGGGCGGUACCUGCAGUCUGGAGGCGCCCAUUGCGGUCGCUUCGGCACCACCCUGGAGCGAGCGGCCGAGCGACUGAUGUGUAUGUGUUCGGACGGCAGGGUGCUGCUUGAUUGGGACAUGUGCUGGCAAGUCCUGGACGAUGCUGGGGGCCAUGCGGCCGCGCAGCUGAGCUCCGUGCGCUGCAGCCUGGCGCUCUACACACACGCAGCCGACCAGCACCUGGCCGACGUGUAUGCGGCGAUAGAGGCCGUUGCGUCCACCCUGGGCACGGCCGGGGAACUGCCGGGGCAGCAACACGUGCCGACGCUGGCGAUUGUGGCAUUGCAGAUGCUUAGGCUGUUGCUGGUGGCGCGGCACUGGUUGCGGGCGUUGGCGGCCAUGGUGCCGCGUUUGGGGGCACGACCGGCGUUGGCGGACUGUACUGACGCAUGCAGUGCGGCGGGUAACAAGGAAGUGCUAUGCGAUAUCAGUACCAACCGGCUGGACGAAGCGGUCAAGCGCCUUGAGCAAGUCCGAGAACGCGGUGACGCCUUAGGCGAUGCAUUCCGCAAACCCAAAGACGUUUCAGUACAGGCGGAAAUUUUCCGCACGUUGGCGGGUUAUGGCGUGGAAGCUUCGAAUAAGUUGGUCCAACAGCAACAAGGUCGCGGGCCCCUGGAGUUAAUCAGGGCUCUCCGUGCCAGGUUCGUGUACUCCAGCGAUCCGCAGCGUGAUGGUGAGACGAAUCCCAGCGCGUUCAGCUGGUACGAGUUUGCCGCGGCCACUGAGCAUUUGAGGCGGCCAGCACAUGGCGCACACUGCUUAAUAGGGGCCCUGGACGUGAAGCCGAAGGAGCGGAAGGCGCCUGUACAACGCCAGAAGCGCCCGGAGCUGGAGGUCUUACAAAGGCCCGAGGUGCAUAUUGCCAUGCCUGUGGAGGACAAGAAGGAGACCGACCGCAAUAUGGAGACCAUGUGGACCAUUGUCAAGGCGCAAGCGGAGCCGGAGGUCCAGGUUGCGAAGCUGGUCUGCAACCACGCCUCGUUCGGACAGACGCUGGAGAACUUAUUCACGCUGUCCUUCCUGGUGCGCGACAACCGAGUCGGCAUGAAGAAGGUGCCGGGCGCCGGCCUGCUCGUGUGGGCCCUGGACCCCAGGCGGGGAGAUGCCGCGGGGAGGCAGCAGAAGCCACCACUGCAGUUCGUGGUCACCUUGCAUAUCGAUGACUGGGUCAAGAUGUGUUCGCGCGUCACACCGGAGGAGUGCCUCAUGCCGCACCGGGACUACGGCAUGACGAAAGACCAGUCGACAGCGGCGACUGGGAAGCGGCGGCAGAGCGCUGCAGCAGAUGGACCCUCGACCACCAAAAAGGCCCGGCUCGGACGGUGA